AUGAGAAAAGAAUUAUGUUUACAAUUCGGUAACCAAACUGAAUGGAUAACUAACGCAAGACUAGUCGAGCUAAUUGCUGAUCGAUCAGCAAAUGUUGUUCACGGUACCAAGUAUCGAUUGAAAGAUUCAUCAUCAUCAUUAGACAUCUAUGGGAAUUUUAUUAUUGAUUGUACUGGUCGCAAUACAUCAUCGACAAAAUGGUUAAAAGAGAGUUUAAAUUUAAUCGUUCCAACUGUACAAAUGCAUUUUGGUUGUGGUUAUGUUACGUUCGUAGGCGAAAGAUUUAAAACAGGAGAUUCGUCAUUAGAUUCAAAGCCUAUAUAUUUUUCGAAUGCCAAUGUACCCGAUAAUAAUACAGGAUGUUAUAUAAGUCCAGUACGUACCUUAAAAUCAACGGACGAAAAUUCUUUAGGUAUUCUGUCGACAAUUGCUGUUAAUUGUGUUAAUGCAGAAUACCCACCGAAUGAUUCCUACGAAAAUUUAUUAGAUUGGUCCAAAGAACAUCUAGAUAGAGACUUCACUGUUAUAUUAAACUCAACUAAAUUAUGUAGUCCAUUGGUUUCACAUCAUCGAGCGAUCGAUGAUAGAAAAUAUGUUGAAUCAUUAGGUAAAAAAUGGCCUCGAAAUUAUAUACUAUUAGGUGACGCAAUGUGCGCAUUCAAUCCACAAAUUGGACAAGGUAUGACACAUGCAUUUCGGCAUGCAAGAGAAUUAAGAAAAAUUUUCGAUGAACAUCAGUAUUCGUUAAAAGAUAUUUUCUAUAUUUUCAAUCGACGUGCUUCAAAAAUUAGUGAAGAAUGUUGGCUUGCUUCAACUGCAAACGAUUGGAAAACACCAACAUUGAAAGUUAUCAAAACAGAUACAAAUGGUAAUAUUCAAACUUACCAACAAACUGGUGAUUCGAAUUCAAUUCAAUAUCCUAGACCAAGAAUACCUUUCAUAAUUAAAUUUUUACAAUGGUACAACUAUUGGUUCUUGCGCUGUGCAUCUAAAUCAGAGAAACUGCCUACUGAAUUUUUGCUUGUUGCUAAUCAAAAUUGCAGCCUAUUUAUAUUGAUGAAACCGAUCACAUUCUUCCAAGUUUGCCAAACGGCAUUAACUCAUUACUUCCAUUUGUCUAGAUACUAA